AUGGACGUCGCAGUGGCCCUGUGUCCCGGGGACAUUGAGGGUACAGUAAACGUGGCCCAUGUGCUGGUCCACGUGGCGGUGAUGGACGUGAAUGACAACGAGCCGGUGUUCCUCAACCAGCCCUUCCACGCCCUGGUGUCCACCGUGUCUCCGCGCAGCCACGUGGUCACUAAGGUGCAGGCAAUAGACGCUGACUCUGGGGAGUUCGGAAGUGUCCGCUACGAGCUGGUGCGAGGCAGCGGUGAGCUCUUCGCCGUGAAUAAGAAAACGGGUGAAAUUUCCCUGAAGCAGACCCUGAUGGCGGCCGACAAGACCUACAGCCUCACCGUUGCUGCCUACGACGGGGGAAAGCCUCCCCUCAGCUCACAGGCCCAUGUCCUCAUAAGGAUGGUGUCUUCUGAAGGGCCAAUGUUCACCGCCGCACGGUACGAGGUAGCCGUGCCAGAGAACGCCGCCAAGGGUACGCCCGUUGUAAGGGUGGAGGCCGCCAGCCCUUCCGGGGAGCCCAUCAUGUACACCAUUGUGGCCGGCAACACUGAGGAGCUGUUCGGCCUCGACUAUUCCACAGGUGGCAAUGCAGUGGAUCUUGAAUGCGUCGUCCAGACCACUGCCCUGCUGGACUACGAGGCCUCCGCCAGCCACAACCUGACGGUGCGGGCGCGGGACCCCUUCACCGGGGGCCACACGGACACCCACGUCACAGUCGCAGUCACGGACGUCAAUGACAACCCGCCGGAGUUCAGCCGUUCCGUAUUCAAGGGAGACGUGUCGGAGGCUGCAUCACCGGGCCACGUGGUGCUGCAGGUCUCGGCAAGUGACGUGGACACGGGGCCGGGCGGUUCAGUGCGCUACUCGUGUGUCAUGGAGUGUGGCAGCUUUGAGGUGCGUGCCCUGGACGGUGCCGUCACGCUCACCAAGGAGCUGGAUGCAGAGACUGAGGCUCAACACGUGCUGACUGUGCUGGCCACGGACUCAGGCAUACCCCAGCUCUCCUCCACCGCCACAGUGGUUAUUGACGUUGUGGACUUCAACGACAACCCUCCAGCGUGGCGCCAGGACAGCUACUCCUGCCGCGUGUCGGCCGAGGCCCAGCCCGGCCAUGUGGUCACCUCGGUGUCUGCCACUGACCCAGACGCUGGUCAGGUCACGCCGCUCAGUUAUGCCAUUCACUCGGGAGACGGAGACGCCAUCUUCAAAAUGGAUCAGCUGACUGGUGUGUUGACGGUGACGGCCCCACACAAGCUCAAGGACGUGGCCUCCCUCACCCUGAACCUGUCUGUGGUGACGGAGGGGUGCACGGCCUUCACCGGCCUGCACGUCUCGGGCUGGCCUCCAACCACCACGCGCCGAGCUUACGUGGAGGAAAAUUCAUCUCCUGGCCAGCUAGUCAUCAACCUGGUGGCCACGGACCUUGAUGCCUGGGACCUGGGCAAGCUGCAGUACACCAUCCUGCACCAGACUUCAGAGGGAGCCUUCACCGUGGACAAAGAAGGUUCCUGCAGUAAGAGAUUUCAUUUGAAGGUUUGA